CUUCUACAAAAUCGAUUUAGGUACGUAGACGUUAUGACGUAAUAAUAUUUUCGGGUGUAUGUUUCCGGUUGUGGUUGAAUAGCUCUUUGGUUGCUUGUUUACCUUUCAGAUGUGUUAAAUAUAUUUUUCUUUGGUUUUAUGCAAAUAUUUUAUUCAUUCGGUAACAGCUGUACAAAACCCAGUGUCAGAAUUACAUCUCUGCGAUUGAAAUAGCUGUUAAAAUGUUGUUGUUUUUACAGGAAACAGGUUGAGGCUAGCUAACGUUAGCUAGCUAGCGAACUGGAGUUACAGUAGAGACUGACUGAAUUGCAAACAACAGAAGUCAGGGCAUGUUACGUUUUUGACACAUUGUUGUUUAACUGUGCAAGCCCUGGUCAAAACAAGCACUCAACUUCAGAAGAAUGAAUAUUCUACCUAAAAAGAGCUGGCAUGUUCGCAACAAGGACAACGUCGCGCGCGUGCGCCGGGACGAGGCACAAGCCGCAGAAGAGGAGCGAGAGGUCCAACGCCGUGUGGAGCGAGCAGAGCAGGAGGCGCGAACAGAGCACCUGAGACAGAAGUCAAGAGCUGCACUUCAACAGUCUGGAGCAUGGAAGGAUGAAGGAGGGGAGAGAGGAGGGGAGGGGAGUGGAGGAGUGGUGGAACACCUCAAUCUAUUUCCUCUGGAGGAGUCAUCUGAGAAGAAAGGAAAUGCAGAGUACCUCAAAGACCAGAAAGAUGAAAAGGAGCGUGAGGAGCGUGCUAUUGGUCUGCUAGUGUCCCUAGGCCCCCAACCUGGGACAGAGGUAACUCCAUGGUACAUGAAAACAGGUCACGAAGAAGAGAAAGAUGAAGAAAAGGAGAAAGAGAAAGACAACAAAGGAAAGAGACUGCCACUCAGUCAAGAGGAGAAGGAGAAGAGAGACAGACGACUGAAAGACAUGCUGGACCCCUUGAAAGAGAUGAAGAAAGCACUGGCGGUGAAGGAUAGAAAAGAACAUAAGAGUAAGAAGAAGGAGAAGAGGGAUAGAGGGGAGAGGAGAAGCAGUGGUGGAGAAAGCUCUAUUGAAAGGUUGCGAGCGGAGCGACUGCAGAGAGAGGCGGAGGAGAAGAGCAGAGCCCAGGCCCUGCUGGACCAGAAGAAUGGAACCGGGAAAGAGAAGGAGCGACCAAGGGAGACAGAGGAGAGGGAAAUGCCGUACAACAGUGCUUAUUUCCCAGAGCUGGCCCGCAAGAGGCAGAGGAAAGACCGCAAUGCCUGGAGAGAUGGCAUCUUUUGAAGUCAUACAUCAUGCAGUCUCAUUGUUUGGGCAACAGACAUAAAACAUUGAAGCAUUCAAGAAACAUUUAUUAGUAUGUGAAAGACGCCGAAGACUUCGACAAGGACUAGAGAGCCUGGAAGGUUAUUCAGUUGUAUCCUAAGCAGACUCAUUAAUGUUUCUUGUCAUUGAAUGAACAAUGCUAUUUCUAAUGAGGUAGAAAAAGAAAGGAAACCAAUCAAGAGAUUUGGGACAGCUGAGUGUAGUGUUGGAGUCUGUCUGGCACCCUGCUCAAGUGUGAGAAAAUACAGAGAUAAUUUUGCUCCACAACACAAGACCACUGUUCAAGUUGGAGUGUGUUUGAUGUUUUACUAUUGAUGGCAACAUUGUGUCACAAUUGUAAUUGUGUCAAUUCAAGUCUGUCAAGUCUUUUAUGUUUCUGAUAAUAGCAUGUGCCAAUUUAGGAGGUGUGUGUGUACAUGCAUCUGUUCUAUUUAACUAUCUGAUGUAGACAGAGUUUAGGGUGGUUGGCCCAACUAUUAUUGCACAUUUUCCAUUUCAAUUAAUUAAAUAAAAAUGUUAGGCCUGUCAAAUAACAAAA